AUGUCGUCCUCGAGAAUGCCUCCGCAGUCGCCCGCCUCCCCAUCUCCUCACUUUGAAAGAUUAUCUCGUCGGGGCUCUAUCGCUAGCCAGUCCACCACUUCGCAGGCCGACAAGGAACAGCUGGCCCAAGCUCUCGACAAGAUUCACAACUCUGCAAGCCAAUCCGACAUCUUGACAACCUUCAACGACUUCGGGCCACCUCCUACGGCUGCAGCUCCCGUCGUUGAACCAAAGGGGACGGCUAGCGAUCUAGUACAGCAAGGGCUGAGCGGUUUUUACUCGAGGCUCAAGGAAGCUGUUGGUGUUGGUGGGAAAGCUACCGCGACCGAAUUAGAGGGGGGAACCAGCCAUGAUGGGGUGCCUUCAAAGAACAGUACACGCCCAACGCACACACGUUCCAAGUCCUCUGUCUCGAGCCUUCCGAGAGGCGAGAGCGGAUCUACGAACACAACAGUCAACUCCAUACUGUCUGAGAUACCUACAAUCGCCGCAAACACCUCGGGCGGCAUAACGUCAGAUAAGGCAUUACCUUCCUCGAAAGCAUCAUCCAUCACUACUUCGACAUCCGCAUCAACUGCAAAAUCUGCUACAGCGACCCAAAGUCUCUCAAAGGUGGGCAGGGCACCAGCGCCUGCUGUGGUCGACACAGCCAUAGCAUCUGGCGCUGUAGGAUUGUAUAGCGAGCCUUUGCGGGACCCAGGAGGGCCACGUACUUCAGAAGAGCUUGCAUCUCCUACAAAUGGCAGGAGACGACCUGCCAGAUUGAACGAGUCUCAUGUGCCAAGCUAUUCCGCUGGAUCUAACACCUAUGAUGGUCCUACCGAGCGAAAGAGCAACGAUAUCCCAGGUGUGGCUUCUGCUUCUCUUCGAUCUGCUAAGGAUGACGGCCCAAGUCAGUGCAGCUAUCCCGAUGCGAUACACAGCCCAGUAAAAAGCACAGGGCCAUAUCGUACGUCGAAUCACAAUGGCGCCAAUCCGUUGUCUGUGAUCGGAGUACACGGUGCAAGUGCCAAAUUGCAUGAUGACUUGAAAUCGCCCUCCGCUAUCAACCAGCUAAAUGUAGGAGGGACGCCUGGCGGUUUUCACCCUCUCUCUUCGGCAUCAGAACGGACCUUUGUGGAAGCUAGCCCAAUCACAACAUCUGCCCAUAUCAUGGUAAACCACGAUUCGUUCGCGCACGAUACGAGACCUCAGAAGCUACCGUCAGGACAAGUACGGAUCAACGGAACAACGGCAACGGAUGGCACAAGUGAAAGCGUCAGUGCACGUCUGGAACUUAUGAGAAAGCAGAUCCUAGGCAAAGAGUUCUGGAUGGCCGACGAGACCUGCAAAGAGUGCUUUCAAUGUGGCGACCCAUUCUACGCUUUUCGCCGAAAGCACCAUUGCCGGACCUGUGGUUGGAUAUUUGACUCGAAGUGUACAUCAACCAUAUCCGGAGAGAAGUUUGGCGUUCCAGGCAGUUUGAAGGUCUGCAUGAAAUGCCUGGAUGUCAUCAACAGCAGAUACGAGGGUGGCUCGGACGAUUCUGGUGAUGAUGAUCCUCGUUUGACGUCUCUUCUUCAGUCAAACACACAAAAAUCCACGGCUGCCACAGCAAAGCUGAAGACGGACGACGAACGCAGCAUGUCCGAGAGGACCGAUGAGAUAGACGACGGACGAUCGACGACAACCCCAAUGAUGGCCAUUCCUGCAGCCCGGCGGCUGGGAGAUCCUUCCAAUCGAAAUUCGGCGAUCCUAGAAAUCGGUGCGUCGCAGCUCAGCCGACCGAGCUCGUCUCGCUCUCUCAAGUCAAUGGCCUCUGUGCGACCGACUUCAUCAGGUCACGUGCGCCAUCACUCGAAGCACAACCUUCUCUGGAAUAGCAAAUCAACCGCAGAAGACAGAGUACCGUUUCGCAAAGAUUUGUCCGAUGAGAUGAACCGCAGGUCGAAACUACCUGCCUUUCACGAUGACAACAUUAUCGACCCAGAGCUCGCACCGUACAUGUCUGACGAGUCGAGCGGGGACGAACAGAUGGGACUUUUCAGCACGUUGGCGAGCAAAGACAUGAUCUCUUCAAGCAUCGAUCCCGAAAGGUCCAAUUUUGGCCCAUUCCUGAGCGUUGGCCGGAAGCACCGUUCUCGCCAAGGCGAAAAGAGUAUCAGUGGCUUAAGUUUCACGAGCCGGGGAGUGGAUGAUGGCGUAGGCUCGCCAAGUGUUGCUAGCCACUCACGGGCAACGGGAAGGCGCAGGAAUAUGAGCUCCGCCAGCAUUGCUGCUGGCCAGCAUCAUCUUCGGUCACCACGCUCCAAACUGGGUGGAUACAAGGGCCCUUCGAUAUCGAACGAGACGUUGAGUAUGCUCGAUGUUUUUGGUAGCAUUGAUGCCAAGGCUGCCCGGCCAUCAACAGCAAAGUCCGAACCGACAAAGUUGAAUGAGCCGAGCAUCAAGCAUACGAGAAAGCUGUUUAGACAACUUUUGGACGACGCUGCAAUUCCGAAUCCGUUAGCAUGGGAGAAGGCUCUUAUUCCUAUAUUGCGACGGUGUGCUGCUGAGGUAGACCCAAACACACGUGAAGGAGAUCGCAUGGACAUUCGACAUUAUGUCAAACUGAAAAAGAUCCCUGGAGGCAAGCCGAGCGACAGUAGCUACGUGUCGGGCGUGAUCUUCACGAAAAACCUUGCCCUCAAGAGCAUGCCACGGCGAAUUGCAAACCCUCGAAUCUUGAUUGUUUCUUUUCCGGUCGAAUACCAGAGACAGCAAGAGCACCAGUUUAUGAGCCUUGAGCCGGUCAUGUCACAGGAGAAAGAGUUUCUGAAAAUGGUGGUUGCCCGUAUCCGAAGCCAUGAGCCAGAGGUUGUUCUUGCUCAACGAAAUGUGGCUGGCUUGGCUCUGCAAUCGUUAGCAGAGGCCGGCAUUGCCGUCGCAUACAACGUCAAGCCAUCUGUCAUCGGGGCCGUCUCUCGAUUUACCGGAACGCCGAUCAUUUCUUCGAUGGACAUGCUAUCUUUGCCUAUCACAGUUGGGCGAUGUGCUGCUUUCGAGGUUAAGACCUUCGUGAACAACGACAUUCCUGGCCGAAAAAAGACGUACAUUUUUGUGUCAGGCUGCAAGAAGUUCCUUGGCUGUACGAUAGCUCUACGCGGUACAUCGACUGAGCUUCUAUCACGCAUGAAAAAGAUCACUGAGUUCAUGGUAUACGUUGUCUACAACCUGAAACUAGAGUCCUGCCUCUUGAACGACAAGUCUGUCAAGACAUCCUACGACAUCGAAAGUACGAGCCUGCCGUCUGCUACGAAGCAGCCCCCGACCGUUGAGAGCCUGUUGUCCGUUGACGGGCCUGAAAACCCAAGCCAAGAGACUCCGAUUACAACCACGACCGACGUUGAUGCUGAUCCCCUUGCAAUGGCACGAAGUGGCCCCAUUUCGAUGGGGCAUGCUGAAACGUGUCUGCUGGCGGAUGGAGAACAGUCUCGUCAACUUUCAGAGAGUACAAUUUCUGCCGAGAGUCUGCAAGGAACGGGAGACCGACAGCUGCCUGAAGAUGUGCCGGCACCAACCUUUUACAGCGACAUGGUAGAGAAGUACAAGACAAAAAUUCUUUCGGCAUCGCCGUUUGUCAAGUUCACGCAGCCAUAUCUUCUCGUGAAGGCCCGUGAACAAGAAACACGGCUUCUCUAUCUCAAGCGACUGCGUGACCAAGACAUCCACGAAGAGAAGGGCGGAUCAGAAGACAAUACACCACAGCAGCAAUUCCAACUGAUCAAUCCGAAAAUGGUGCACGAAAUUGGCCAGAAGGCGCCGCGAUUGGUGAUGGAGGUGCUCCACGCCGUCCACGAUGCAGAGUACGACAAAGCGUUGUAUGCAUACCAGACGCAAACGCGGCAGUGGGAGAACUACCUCCAAGUAAAUCUAGACCUCUUCGAUCCGCAUUCACACCAAAAUAUUGUCGUUCUCUACUCAGUGACCUGCACGGAAACCAAGAUCCCGUGUACCGAACCUGGGCUGGUCGGUUUCUCCUACUACAAUGAGGUUGAUGAUCCAUUGAGUGCAAUGAGCCCGGAUGCCACUCUGGGCAUGUAUAUACAGGAUCUGUGUGAUGGCGCCGAGGCACUGUGCAAUGCCAACGGAUGCGACCGACCUUUGUGGCAGCACCAUCACACUUACGUGCACGGCGAGGCCCGCGUCACCGUCUUUGUCGAGCCAGAAGCGAGACUUCCAUCUAGUCCAGAGCCACCAAGCGAAAAGGAGGAGUUGGGGGAGGACGAGGAAGAUCCCAUCUACGUGUGGAGUUAUUGCAAAAUCUGCAGACGGGACCUCAGAGUCAAGCGGCUUUCUGAAAGUGGGUGGAAAUACUCGUUUGGCAAGUAUCUAGAACUCUUAUUCUGGAACCAGUUUCUUCGAUUGGACGAGGAUACGAAGUGCUUGCACGACUGCCACAAAGAGCAUAUUCACUACUUCAACUACCGAGGCUCUUCUGUGCGGAUUCACUACGACCCCAUUGACCUACUCGAGGUUGUUGUUCCUAGGGCACGGAUCACCUGGAAGGUAGACCAUGAUCUAAAGCUGAAAAACACCAUCUUCCUGAAGAUGCAAGAGCGCUGGGUUCGGUUUAUCACGUCUUUGAAUAACAGAAUCAAAAGCAUCCGCAUCGACAGUGUCCUGCCAGAAAAGGUAGAGAGCUGCAAGGCUGAGGUGGAGCGGCUUGCCAAGAAAGCCCAGGAGGAUCAUCCUCGAUUGAUCCGGGAAUUGCAGCAAGCCUACAUGCAGUCUAAACACUACGAAAUCAUCCCGUUGAAUGCUGCCAUGCGCUCGAUGGCACUGAAGAUCACUGAAUGGGAUGCAACGUUUGCAAAAUUUGAGGCGGACUUCUUAUCCGACAAAGACGUGCGGCAGUUGACCGUGAUGCAACUCAGGAAGAUGUUUACCGACAGCGAGUCAAAGGAGUCUCUUCCGGCUAUAGACGGAACUUCUGUUGCUUCCCUUGUAUCCGAGUCUGAGAAUAAAAGCUCUGUGGUGCCGACAACGCAGAGCUCGGUGGGGGGUACCGACUCCAAGCCAGAAGAGUAUUCCGCCCUGUCGACUGUCGAGGAACCGGCCAUCCUCGCAGGGGCAGCGGUAACGACCAAGUCGCCGCUGGAAGCAGAGGGAGAGCGAGCACCGGAGCAGCUGGUUGAGGCCGAGCUCGAGCUAGCCUCAUCCGAACGGCAGGCAGAUGAAGCUCCAGGACAAGUGGAAGCACCCGAGGCGACAGCACAGACAUCACCGACGCUGACUAAAACUUCGAUUGAGAUGGAGGCUAGCACUUGUGACAGCGAGGUUGCAGCAGUUGAUGCGGCUGACGCAGCUGACGAAGUUGAAACGAGCGCCGGGGCUGCCGUCGUCGAUGGUUCUCGAAAAUCAAUGUCUACAAGCAGUAGCCAAGAACUGCCAGGCAAAAGCACCGGCAGAACCUCGUCUCCGGCUUCAUCUUCAGUCAUGACAGGAUCGUCGCGCCCGAACAAAUCUGGUCGUCCUGGUCCUGGUCAAAUGUCACCGCAGACUCUGACGGAAAAGGUCGAACAACUCCGCAGGGAGUUCAAGUCACAGUCAGCCGAGGGCAGUCAGACAACACAGAUGUCCGGCAACAACAGUUCGCAGGCGCGGCAUGCUGCCGACUAUCGUGGAGCUUCUCGCAAGACAGGUUCGAAGGUGUCGCCUCCCAUGAUCCGGACAGCUUCGCAGCCUGUCGGUGCUGUCCCCCGGAUCAACUCUGGGCUGAGCAGGCAGGCGUCGGUGAAAGAUGCGAAGGCGUUGACGUCUGAGGGUGGACAAAGCGGCAACGGGGGGGAGGCGCAGAAACAUGCAAUGGACGUCUUGGGCAAGGUGGACAAGAAGUUUACAGAUCGUAUCGGAUUGAGCGCGCUGAAGUCGCACAGAAAGCCCGGGCAAUCGGCAAUUCCCCGAUUUGUGCACAAGAAGAAGGAGACCAAGGUGACCAAUCUUGCGAAGCAACUGACUCGCGAGUUUGAAAAGGAGAGAAACCGGGAGCGCAUGCGGGCGGCAAAAAUGCAACACCAGCCACAGUCCUACUUUCCCCGGUCAUCAGUCCGGGCAAUCGUGGAGGUCUACGAGGACAUCAACCAGGCGGUGCAGGAGCCGGAGCCGACGGAUGGCGAGCAGCUAUUUGCUUCGCAGCACAGCGAGGGUCGGCCAGAAGACAAGCACCCGGAGACGGGAGAGAUGGGAGAGGCUGGAUUGGGACCCGCGGCGACAGCUGCUCCUCGGACAGACGAAGUGGACGUGGCGGACCAGAGCGGCCAGCCGUCUUCGGAGCCACGGUCACAACAGCUGUCGGAAAGCACGGCUGAAACGGCUGCGACGGAGGACCAGGACCACGAGCACAAGCACACCGAAAGCGCGGCAGGGUCGGACGGCGAAGGCGGCAGCGAUGCGGACCAGUCGUUGGAGGACAUCCUGCCGGAUGUAGAGACGAUAGCCGAACAUCUCGAGCCAAGCGGCACGGUUCCGGCGGAGCUUCAGAAAGACAAGAAGUCGACCCUGAUGAAGAUGCUGGGCAACUUCUGGGCCGAGCGAUCAGCAACCGGAUGGCCGCCGCUGGACUACCCUCUCAAUGCGUCAGACCACAUAUUCUUCGACUCGGACGUGAUUGUACGGGAAGACGAGCCGAGCUCGCUGAUCGCGUUUGCGCUGAGCUCUGAGGAUUACAUAAGCAAGCUCAGGGUCAUCCAGCAGCAAGGAAGGAAGGCAACGCGGCGGCAGAUGAAGGAAGCGAAGGCCGCGAGCGGCGACAGUGCAGACGGCUCGGACGAAGGAGAUGGCGCUGUGCUGGAGAUGAAGCAGAGCAAAGGCAGCGCGAACGUGGCGGGAGCGCAAGUUUCGGAAGGAGGAAAGGCCGAGCAGACGAAGAAGGAGGACGAUGAGGACGACGAGGCGACGAGCAGCGAAUCAGAAGCGUGGUACGAGAUGGAUGAGAAGGAGCUGGAGCUCAGCCUUCUGCGGUCGAUGGGGACACACCUGAAGUACCAAUUCACGGAAGGGUCUGCACGGAUGAUGUGCAAGAUCUUCUACGCGGAACAGUUUGACGCACUGCGACGGAAGUGCGGAGUGGCGGAUCGGAUUGUCGAGUCGCUGUCGCGGUGUCUCAAAUGGGACUCGAAGGGAGGCAAGACCAAAUCGGUGUUUCUCAAGACGCUGGACGACCGGCUGGUGAUGAAGGCGCUGUCGCCGGUGGAGACGGCGGCAUUUUUGCGGUUUGCGCCGUCGUACUUUAGCCUCAUGGCGGAGUUUCUGUUUCACGAUUUGCCGUCGGUGAUUGCGAAGAUGCUGGGGUUCUUCCAGGUGAUUGUGAAGAACUCAUCGACGGGGACGGAGAUCAAGCUGGACCUGCUGAUCAUGGAGAACUUGUUCUACGAUCGACAGGAGACGCGCAAGUUUGAUCUCAAGGGUUCGAUGCGCAACCGCAAGAUCCAAUCGACGGGCGAACAGAACGAGGUGCUGCUGGACGAGAACAUGGUGGAGUACAUCUACGAGUCGCCGCUAUUUGCGCGAGAGCACGCGAAGAAGCAGCUGCGGGCGUCAGUGUGGAACGACACGCUAUUCCUGGCGCGGCAGAACGUCAUGGACUACUCUCUGAUGGUGGCGGUAGAUGAGUCGCGCAAGGAGCUGGUGGUGGGCAUCAUCGACUGCAUCAGGACGUACACGUGGGACAAGAAGCUGGAGAGCUGGAUCAAGGACCGCGGCUUUGCGGGCGGCGGGCGCAACCGGCCGACAGUAACGAGCCCGAAGGAGUACAAGUCGCGUUUCCGCGAGGCCAUGGAGAGAUACAUCCUGCAAGCUCCCAACUGCUGGCACCUGUUUGGCAGCAUGGGCUACACGCAUCCAGCGCUGGUGCCACGGGCUCACUUUGAAGGCCGCCAAAACACGCCGCCAAAGCACAAGCCGUGUGGAAACCAGCAAAAGAGACAAGCAGGCCAGGCCCUCCGCGUCCACAUGUCGAUCGACCUCAACUGGGACACGCUGACGACGGGGCCGGACGGCGUCGAGCUGGCGGAGCGUAUCCGUGAUUUCAUCCACAGCAAGUUCCAGGCGGUGCCGCUGCCACGGUUCAUCAAGUCGGUGACGGUGCACGAGUUUGAGUUUGGGAGCAUUGCGCCGGAGCUGGAGCUCAAGGAUAUAACGGACCCACUGCCAGACUUUUACGAGGAGAGCGAGGAGGAUGAGGAUGAGGACGAGUAUGAGGAUGACAGCAGCAGAAGCAGAAGCAGUAGCAGCGCCGACGAACAAAGAGAGCAGAGAGAGCAGAAAGAGGAGAGAGGUCAUCGGCAUGAGCUGAGCGACAGUUCGCUGCUGAGCGACGCGACAGAGCAGGUGACAGCGGACGCGAGGAACAGUGGUGGCAUCGCAGCAGCAGCUUCGGCGACGGCUUCGGGCGGCGUGCCGGGCGGCACGUCGAACCUACUGCACCACUUCCACAGCCACCUGGCUCCAGGCUGGUCGGGGACACAGACGCCGCUGGCAGCAAUGGCCGGAGCCCAUCUCGGCGGAAGACCGAAGCACCGUCGCAACCCGUCAUACAGCAGCUCCGUCUCUAUGGGCGGGCCCGACAGCGUGCCGGCAGCGGCCGUGGCCACAUCGUCAUCGUCGUCAUACUCGUCGGCAGCCAACCCGGCGCUGCUGCGGCCGGUCUUGCGAGAAAAACACAGCGUGUCGACGCUGGCGCCGACGUCGUCCGGAAUUCCGUCGCGGCCACCGACACGGGACGCCGCCAUGGCCGGGCUGUCGGGCAGCGGUGGCAGUGCAGCAGCCGAGGAGACAGCUGGCGGAAAGGGUCGUCGUGCAGAGAAGACCGAACAGACAAAACAGACAGAUCACACAGAUCACACAGAAGAGCCGCGACGGCCACACGCCCAUCGGCCACACGAGCCACGAGCCGAGGACAUGCAGGCAGUCUUCCGGAUCCGCUAUGCUGGCGACAUCAAGUUGCUGCUGACGGCAGACAUUCUGCUAGACUAUCCGAUGCCCAGCUUUGUCGGCAUCCCGGUGCGACUGAGCAUCACCGGCCUGACCUUUGACGGCGUCGGCGUGCUGGCCCACAUCCGCAAGCGCAUCCAUUUCUGCUUCCUGGGACCGGAGGAUGCGCUGGCCGCUGUCGGCGACGACGAGUCCGACGGCAUCAGCGGCUGUGACGGUGGCGAUGCUGCGGCUGGCGAGGACGAUAGCAACAUGGACGAUAGUGGCGGAGACCGUGCGACUUUGUCGUCUGCACGGUUCACUUUGCACGGUGCAGCAGCCCCGACACAAUCGCAACCACCGCCUCCGGCAGCGGCGCCACCCAAGCCGCGAACCCGCGUCGGCGGACUGCUGCAGGAGGUCCGUGUCGAGAGCGAGAUCGGACAGCGUCAGGGCGGCAAGCAGAGUCUGAAGAACGUUGGCAAGGUGGAGCGGUUCGUGCUGGAACAGGUGCGACGCAUCUUUGAGGAGGAGUUUGUGUACCCGAGUUUCUGGACCUUUCUGGUGUAG